AUGGGACGACGCAGCCGAUUGAUCAGUGCAAUGUGUGUCAAGCCCACAGACGAGCAAACUCACGAUACCCACGAUGACGGACCGUUCAUCGACUUCAUGCUGCGAGAUGUGGCACGCCGCGGCCUGUUGAACGCUCAGCAGAUGUUGGCUCAAUUUGCAAACGAACCUUUACCAUUUAUCCGCCGUGUGCUGGGAGCAGAUUAUGCUGCUCAGGCAGUUGCUGAUCAAGCACUGACCCGAGAGCAACUCAGCUGGAAAAUGUUGCAGGUGCUGCCAGUCAGUUCAACACAGUCUAAUGGUCUGCGUGCUAUGCAAGAGGUUGUGAAGUCUUUCCGAACAUCCAAGUUUCUACACUCCAAAGUGUCUAUGUACUUGCUCCAUCGUCAUUUUACGGAGGCCUUUGAUCGGAAGGAGUUGCGAAAGCAAACAGAAAGCACUUUUAGUCGACACAUGCGGCUGAAAGAUUUUUGGCCGCAGUUCCAUGUGUCCUCUCGCCUGAGCAACACUGGAAUUGGAGCAAGAGCACUGACUGCUCCAGAUUCCCUACCAGACGUGGUCUCCAAGCGUGACAAAAGAGGGAGGGGCAGUAAGGAAUUGAAGGAUUUGAGCGCUUUGAAUGCUUUAAACGCUGAAAAAAACAGCAAAAGCAAAAAAUCUGUACCAAAGACGCCCAAGACCAUGACCACGUUGGAAUGGAAAACCAGGGCAGCUCGGAGCCACUGCUCUGCUGGUUCAUGGGAUUGGUUGCCAAGACUGGAUGCUGCAUAUGCUCAAUCUAGUGAAGCUGGAAGAUUCGAUGCUCGCAGCUCAUAUAGUCAAUACAGUCAGUACAGUCGGGAAGCUGAGACGGCUGAGAUGAGUGAGGUCAGUAGAGAUGCUUGUGGACUUGGUGACUUCGUGAAGGGCAAAGCCCAGCAUUUUCCCAAGCUCGUGACUCAGACAAAAUCGCACGGGGCUUUGCCUAGUAUCCAAAAUGGCAGAGAUGGCAAGAACCUUUUGCAGAAGAGCAAAUUUCAGCGACCUUGGGAAGCAGGGCAGCUCGGAGGCAAGUGGUUUGCAUCCACGAAGAAGUACUUGAAUGCAUGCAACCGUGAAGGUCUCCUGCCCUCGACCGAUCCAUUUGUCACAGGACACUCUGACUGUAUCAAGGCAAAAUCGCAGGGUCUUGCUGAUCGAGACGUUUUUGCUAUUUGUGAAAUGCUUAGCAUGGGGUCACCUGUGCGAGAAUUGGAUUUGGAAGGCAAUCCUGCAAUCUCAGAACGAGCAUUCCUAUAUCUUUUCCAGUUUUUCAUUCGUGGCAAUGUAGCACCCCCUGUGGGAAACCCUUUGUCAAGUCCUUUCUCCUUGGAACAGACACCCGCACCAAGCGCUUCGCGAGAUCUUGAAAAGCUAAACUUGGCAGGUUGCAUCAGCAUCGUGCAGGAUGAGCCUUUUGCCGGAUUGCUUCAGCUUUUGAAUUCUCCGAGCUUGGACAGUCUGCAAUUUUUGAAUUUGUCCGCGCUACCACUUGGUGUAAAGUGGCAAGUGCCUUUGUGCAAAGCAAUCCACAUCCAUCCUUCAAUCAGAACACUCUCUUUGGCUGACACAGGGCUGGGAACUAGGUCUUCAGGGGAUGAAGAUGACAACACAAUGGCUUGCGUUGUGGAGCUUUUGAGCAGCAAGAACAUUGUGCACUUGGACCUUAGUUGGAACUGCUUUGGGUCUGUUGGCUUCGACUUCUUGGGGCAGAAACUCAUCGAAUUGGGCAUUUUGGAAAAACUCGAUUUGGCGCACUGCUCCACAUUGUCAAAGAAAUCUCCAUGGACAUCCUCGAUGGUGCAUUUGCUGGAACAUUUGAGGGACAACAAAUCUCUGCGAAAAUUGAAUAUUUCUGGAAAUUAUUUGGACUUCCGCGCUGCUCUUGUACUGGAGGACUCUCUUGAAUGUAACUCAAUGCUGCGGGAACUGGAUGUAUCUAACAACAGCCUUGGAAACCCAGGAAUGCGCAGCUUGCUCCGGCUGCUUUCAAGAAGCACCUCAGGAUUGCAGUACUUCAAUUUCGAGAACUGCAGUAAGGGCGCAGUCGUGAAUUCUCGAUCAGAGAUGCAGGUGUUUCGGGCCUCCCGGCCACACGGGAGAUAUGAGCUGGACCUCUCUCGGCCAUAUGAUCGAACACUUGUGCGAAUGCUCUACAAGACAGCUGACCGGCUCAACGUGCCGCUAGACCAGACUUUUCGCGACAUCACUGGAAUCAACUGGAGUCAUCCGCAAAAGAGCUCGAGUGGCUAUCAAAUCCCUCAGACUGGAAAGAUGUUUUUGACCUUCGCAAUGGACAAAGUUUUGGAAGAGAGGACUUUGCAGCGAUUCAAGGACCCAGACUUCUUGUCCCUGCUGCAAUGCCACUAUGAACUCUUGAGGAUCAAACCUGAUCGCUCCAAAAUGGUGGCCUUGUUGGCACAGUGGAAACGCAUGGACGGUCUGGCAGAAGAGCAAGCCAUCAUGAUCGAUGCGCUUUCCAAGGACUUCAGUUUGGACUACACCCAGAUCUUUGUGCUCUGCCAGAGCCGUGCUACGAGUUGGAAUGUCAUUGCCAGUCUCCAGUCUUCAUUGCCUCCUGGAAAUCAAUUGGAGACGUACAUGUGCCGUCGUCUCAUCCCUAGUUCCUGCGACUAUGUCAGGAUGCUUCAAAAAUCAGCGUCUCUGUUCUCAUUCAACGCUAACAAUCCAACGGGGCACUACAGAUUGGAUUUGUCCAACCCCAUUGAUUACUCAGUAGCAGAAAAACUAGCUAUUCUUGACAAUUGGGAAACUGCACUUCGAUCACGCGAUGGCAAGCCAGAUGUCUCGCAGCUGGGCAAUUUCUCCCAUUGUCGUAAUGUCCAAUAUUCAAAUUGUCCUUUGCCUCGAAGCUUCACCGAAUGGAUCCCUGUCGAGUUUGAUGUCUUGGAGCUGGACUAUAGCAGCUCAAAGAGACCCUCCAAUGAGACCUCAGCACCACAGGCAGUGCCACUAGCUGACACUGUCUUCGAGCAGCUGCUAAGAGCUAUGCUACAGUUUGUGGUCUCCUCAUCACAAGCAAAGCUUCAGGCUUUGCAACAGUUGUCAGACAAGUUCUUUUUGAAUUGUUCACAGCUCCGGCAACUGGUAGACUUGUUCAAGGAGUCAGGCACACGGCAAUGUGUGUUUGUGUGCUUUUUCAACCGGCUUGUGGACAUUCAAAAUGAGAAGCUUGUGAGGGCCAGGUUGGCCAGGGAAGAGCAAGCAUCCUUGAUGGCACGAUUGGGAUAUGUUUCAGCUUUUCCGUAUAUCCAACCAGAGCAGAUGCACAUACAUUUGCACCUGAAGAACUAUGAUGAGCGGCUCCUGAUGAGUUUGCUCUUGAAGUUGUCUAUCAAAGAAAACCUCUCAAACAUUCGGGAUCCCCAUCUGACAAACUCUGAUGGCAGCACUGACGCGUUUGUGUUGGGUGUUCCAAAAACGUGGGAGCAGAUGUCCAAUGUCCCGAAACAAGGGGUGUUUGAAGCCGACUACAUGUGCAAAGCAGAUGAUCGCAAUGUCAAGGCCAGAAAAGACUUUGCAGAGCAAUUUGGUGGUUGGAAUACGCAUGCAGAAGAGAUUUCUUUUGUAGGCUUCUUGCGCAAAGUUCCACCAGAUGUAGUGUCCCUGGUAUCCUGGCUGCUUGUGAUGACUGGAUCUUUGUCAGCUGCUUUUCCAUUUGUUUGCCCUGGUGAUCAAAUGUCCAGUCGAGAGUUUGAAGAUGGCUGCCAGCGCAAUGGCUUCACGAAGUUCAAAGGUGAAGAAGAAAAGCAUCGCUUCCAAUCAGUCUUUCGUUACAUGGAUUCCCGCACUGAGGGCAAGAUCACCGUCAAAGAUUGGACGAACCUGAAGGAGGUGGAAGAGGAGAUUUGUUUGUCUGUGAAGGAGGUCUUGUCAUUUUCUUGCCGGAUGUUUGGCGAUCCAUCAAAUGCUUGGACUGUACUCAGCGAUGGCCGCGAAACUCUCUCGCUUGCAGAAUGGGAAGAGGCAUGGGAUAGCGUGGGAUAUUAUGGAAACGUGACUGAGGUCUUCCGCUUUUUACAGGAUGAUACUGCAAGUUGGAGUGCAGACGAGUUUGCUCAGAUGCAAAAGCCACUUGGUUUCAACGCUAGCAUUCCGCACGACAUGUUGAAUUUUAGAGCAAAAGCCCAGCGAUUUAUGGCAGAUGUCCAAAGAUCAGAAUUCUUGCCCUUGAGCACAGAGGCAUCAUCACCGUCAGUCUUUGCAUGCAAAUGCUUGCGCUGUGCAGAGCAGGGACUUGAAUGCUGCGAGUUCGUGGUCCACACGGAGAUAGAGGGUGAGGAUGAUGAUGAUGAAUUGGUGAACUUGUCUCAGGAGGUUUACAGGCAGAGGCCACUGCUGCCAAGUUUACAAGCACGUUUGGCUUCAGCGCAUCCAAAGUUAGAGGCAGCUGACAUGUGUGGCAACUGCGGUUGUGGAGUGAUGGACCAUGAGGUCACUCCCAUCACUCCAGAAGAAAGCCAAGUCUUGGACGUGGCAAGGGGCUUGUUUUAUCCAUUCGACCUCAGAUUGUGCAUCAAGCAGAGCUACAAAGAUACUGCCUGCCUGGGACUAGAAAGAGACGGUUUCACUUAUGGUGAAGUCGGGCUGCUUUCGUUCCUCCGCUUGCUGGAUCGUGUCAUGUCACUCCAGGAGGAUUUCAAGCAGAAUGGUCUCCAGGUCAAUAACACCCAGGCAAAGAACCGCGGUGUUUUUUACGACUUGGGUUGUGGUGCUGGCAAGGCUCUGGUACUAGCAGCUCUUCAUCGCAUUGGCUUUGAUCGAUGUGUAGGAGUGGAGCUGCUUCCUGGCCUCGCAACUGCUGCACGAGUCCUUGCCGAGCAGUUCAACCGACAAAACUCCAAGGCCCCACUGCAGAUUGUGGAAGGGGACAUGGAGAAGGUUUCGUUGGACAGCGCGACAAUGGUCCUUUUGAAUGCUGGGAGCUGGCAAGAGCCAUCGCUCUCCAGACUGCGGGACAGGUUGUCAGAGGUUUUGCCCGAUGGAGGCGUUGUUGUAACGAUACGGUAUCCCUUGGCGAAGGCUGGAACAGGACCUCUGGAACCAGUGGAGGCCUCAUCGCAUGCCAGGAUCUGUGGUUGCCAAUGUCAUGGGGAGAGGCACGUGUGUACCUGGCGCAGAAGCGCAGACAUCCGGCCUGCCGAUUUGCCACAAUUUGCCAGGCCGAGCAGCGGUGCCUGA